AGUCUGAUAAUCAGGGUCGAAAAGACCAGUCUAGUCUCUCACGCCACGACAGUUGCGCGUGCGCAGUUUCAGUUAAAGAUAGAUGAUAAAGUGUGUGAAACAAAUAACGGUUUUUAAUAAAACUUGUGAUUUAUUCGUGUUUCAACUUUAACAUUUUAUGUAGAAUCAUUGGAAGCUAAGGGUAUUUAAGUAAGAUUAUUCAGUCUUUUUCAAACAAAGAUGAAGCGAAUCGUAGUUUUACUGGCGAUAAUAUUUUAUGUGGCGAUGGUCAGAGGAAGAAAUUUAAACGAUGAUAAUCCAGAAAGUGAAGAUAGCGAUGAUGGGCAUCAGGAGAAGCAUGUCCGUGAUCAUACUAACAGUCAAAUGAGACAUCGCCGUCGACCUAGACAGUCUUUCUACAAUCAUUUUAAUUCUUAUAAUCCUUAUGAUGAUUUUUAUGGACGGAGAAGAGAUGAUAGGAGAGACUAUUACAGUCGCCAGCAAGAAGAAUUAUUUUCUCGGAUAUUAGAACAAAUAGAAGAACUGUCUAUGAGUAUAAAAAAGGCACAAUCACCUCCACCUCCACCGCAGCCACAAAUUAUUUACGUACCUCUCCCAUAUCCAGUGCCACAAUGCAUAAAUCCGACCAAACCAUUCACACCAAACUUAACUGAUAGAUGGAACAAUAUGAAUGAUAAAAAUCAAAAUUGGGGCUUAGUACCUGGUAAUUUAGGAAUGGAUGAUGACGAUGGAAGCGACGGUGCAAGGCCUAUAAACCUCGACCCUGUAAUAUCCGACGAACCAACGGUUAAACCGCCCCCUGUCGAACAUGGAAGCAGCCAAGCUGGGAUGACAACGGCCAGGCCAACGUUCAGUGAGCCAGGACGAUGCAAAGCCGCCAUACUUGUCUGUUGCCAAGAUACCAGCAACCAGGAAAAACAACAAUGCUUCUCGAACUACGGUUGCAAUAAAACAUAUUCGCUUGCAAGAGCUUGUCAUCCCAGUGUCGUAAAACGAGUUAUUGCAGAGUUUGCCGAGGCAUACGCACCUAUCAAUGACACGUAAAAUACGACAUAAAUAAAUAUUAAGUACUCUUUCAGUAUUCUAAGGCUGAUUUUUCAAUCGCCACAUAAACUUUGGCUGAGGGAUAUAAAGUAUUAUUUUCAUUCCUCAGUUUUUACAUGGCGAUUUAAAAAACGGAUCUUAAUUAAAACUAGCAUUUAAGAAAUAGUUAGUUCUUUAAAACUCAACAGACCCCUGUUGAAGUUUGCAACUUCGAUCAGUCCAUUCAAGUACGACAAGUAUAUUUAGUUAAUGAAUCCUCGAUAUUAUGAUUUAAUUACAUUUUUAGUUAAUAUCAAGUAGAUAGUUUGUAAAUGAGAGUUAAAUAGAUAGA